AUGGUGUAUUUUUUAAAUUUUAAACAGAAGUCUUUUUUUCUUGGUUAUAAAGUAUUAUGGAGAAAUUAUGGAAAUUUUCAUAAAAAGGCUAUUUUUUUAGAUUUUUUUCCUCAGGAAAGGUCGAUUAUUGUUCUUCAAAAGCAAAAAUCAAAAUUUCGGUAUAACGUGAAAUUUUCAGUCCAGCCUUUAGAAGAAAAAUCUUUAGAGUUACUUUCUCAGAAACUUAUCUACGAUUCUCCCAAUGAAAUGAUUGAUACAUCAAUAAGUGAGAUAGAUAUGAUGAAGCCGAACAAUAUCCUUGUUUCUUAUGAUUUUUUUAACCAGAUAGUAAAAAAUAUUCAAUUUUCUUUUAACCGAAAACAAAUUCAGAAAUAUGCUCAACUUAAUGGACUUAAGAAUAUUUCCUGUUGUAAUCGUGGUCAAUUAAUAGAAAGGAUUCUUAAAGAAAUAUGGAAAUUAGAAAUUUCAAAUGAUAUUUGUUCUGAAAUUCUUAUGGUUAAAGAAAUUCAAAGUAGUAAACGAGAUAUAUUUUUUAUUACGAGAUUAAAUGGGCAUGUUUUGCGACAAUGGGAAUUGGAUUAUCAAGCUAAAAUAUAUAUUGAUUUUGAUAGAUUAAUACUUCAAGUUGAAGCUACUAGAUCUAACAUUGAGAAAUUGGAACUAGCGAUGGCUAAAAUGAUUGAAGAAAUCAAUAUAGAAGAUAUAGAUAUUGAAUAUCUUUCUAAGUUUAGUUGUUUUGAUGAUGGAUAUAUUUCAGAAAUAUCUUUCUUGACUGAAACAUUUAUUGAAAAAAUUAGUGUUAAUAAAAUUAGGGUUAUGACAUUAAGAGAUCAAGAGUCAUUAGAGGAUGUAAAGAGAUUGCUGUAUACGUUUUUAACUGUCAAAAAUCAUAAGAAUUAUUCUCUUAUUUAUAAUAAUUCACAAAGUAAUAAUUCGUUUUAUUAUUUUGGAGAAAAAUUUAGUUUGCCAUGGUUUUUAAAAGGAAAAGAAUGGGCUAGAUGGAGAACUAUAGUUAAUAAAAAUGAAAAUUUCUUUUUUUUAAAAAAAAAAAUUCCAGAAAAAAUAUUGGAAAAUGAAUAUGAGGUAGCGAUUGAAAAUGGUUUUAUGAAAUCAAGUUCUGGCGUGACUUUGAUGCUUUAUGAUGUUCCCGAGUUUUUUAAUAACUGUAUACCGUAUUCAAAUAUUCUUUUUAGGAAAAUAUAUUAUGAUAUUACAUUUGGGUACAUUUUGCAUGAUUUUUCGUCGAGAGAUAUAUAUAAACAGUUUUUUAUUUCCAAUUUAAGGAAACGUUCUGAAGAAAAUCAAAAGAAUUAUAAGAUUCAGAGUAUAUUUUGUUCUAAUAUAUCUCAUGCAUCUAUGUUUAUUCAUAAAUUAAAAUCUACUUACAAGGAUUGGUUUUCAAAUGAAUUUUAUAGAAAAUUUUUUAGAUUAAAAUUCAUUCCAUCAUCCUGGACUUGUUUGAGUAUAAAUGGUUUUCCUUAUAUUGAAAUUGAUUUAGAAUUGGAUGAUAAAGGUGGUUUUUUGGAUAUUAAAGUAAAAUAUGUAUUUGAUGAAAAUAUUUUGGAUGUUCUUCUUCCAAAAUGUAGGAACGAUAUACGUAUUUUUAAGAAAGUAUUUUCUUUUUUGGAUUUGAAUAAUAAAUCAUUAAUGACAUAUUUAAAUAAGAUUCGUUUUGAUACCAUGUCAAUUAAUAAGUUACAAACACCAUCUAUUUUAUAUAUUGAUCUUCCUUUGGAAUUUAAAAAUAUUUAUAAAACACAAGAAUAUGUUCUAGUAGCAGUAGAAUAUAUAAAUCAAACUGAUCUUAAGUUUAAUAAAUUUUUACUUCGUCUUAUGAAUAUAGAAGGAAAUAUCAGUAGUGGUAGAAGAACUGAAUUGAAAUUACUUUCUUUAGAUUUUGAUAAAGAUUCUUUAGAAACUGUAUUAAGUAGUCAGGAUUGGAAGGAUUUUAUAAAUGAUGCAAAUAUGAUUGUAAAUGAAUUAUCUCGAUUGUAA